GCGACGGGGCAGCAGCAGCAGCAGCGGCAGCAGCAGCAGCAACAGCGACCGCAUCGAUAGCGGCAGCUGAGGAGGGAGGGGAGGGGGGAGCGCGCGGUCGCCGCAGGGAGCAGGGCGGGGCAUGGGCUGCGGCUGAGCGCUGCGCAGGAAAUGGCUGGAGAGCGACGCCCUCGGAGGCAUUAAUGGCGUCCGCAUCCUCCUCCUCCUCCCCAUCCUCGCGGCCGCCGCUGAUGGUUCUCCCCUCUUUUUACCGGCCCCCUUGGCCGUCCGAGAGGGGCGGUGAGCAGCGCGCGGCAGACUGUUGGGCCGGAUCCCCAGCGGGAGGCGGCCGGGCGCGUGCCACCAUGGGCAUCGACCUCAACGAUACGGUGAGCGGCGCCGAGGAGGACGCGCCGCCGGCCCCCGUGUGCCGGGAGCUGUGGCACGCGUGCGCUGGGCCGGUGGUGUCGCUGCCGCGCCGGGGCAGCGCGGUCGUGUACCUGCCUCAGGGGCACCUCGCGGCGGCCGGCGCCGGCGGCGGGAUACGCGGGGAGGUAGCGGUCGCCCUCCCUCCCCACGUGGCGUGCCGCGUCGUGGACGUUGAGCUAUGCGCGGAUGCAGCGACGGACGAGGUGUACGCGCGCCUGGCGCUGGUGGCGGAGGGCGAGGUGUUUGAGAGGAACUCACAUGGUGGUGGAAGCCAAAGGGAAGAUGACAUGGAGGAUGGUGAUGAGGAAAGGAAGUCUGGGAUGCUGCACAUGUUUUGCAAAACGCUAACGGCCUCUGAUACAAGCACACAUGGAGGGUUCUCUGUUCCUCGCCGAGCUGCUGAGGAUUGCUUCCCGCCUCUGGACCACAAACAGCUAAGGCCUUCUCAAGAGCUUGUUGCCAAGGAUCUGCAUGGAACAAAGUGGAGGUUCCGCCAUAUUUAUAGAGGUCAACCUCGUAGGCAUCUUUUAACAACAGGAUGGAGUUCCUUUGUCAAUAAAAAGAAACUGGUCUCAGGGGAUGCGGUCCUAUUUCUCCGGGGUGAUGAUGGUGAGCUAAGAUUGGGUGUUCGGAGGGCCACUCAGCUUAAAAAUGAGGCGCUCUUCAAAGCGUUUAGUAGUGACAGUUCAAAGAUGCGGACACUGUUGUCUGUGGCUGAAUCCUUGAAACAUGGAAGCGUUUUUCACAUUUGUUACAACCCAAGGUCUGCUUCUGAAUUCAUUGUUCCAUACUGGAAGUUCAUGAAAAGCUUCAAUCAUCCAGUUUGUAUUGGAAUGAGGUUCAAGUUUCAGUUUGAGAGUGAAGAUGUUAAUGAGAGGCAUGCUGGAAUGAUUGCCGGUGUUAGUGAAGUAGACCCCAUCAGAUGGCCUGGCUCAAAGUGGCAAAGCCUGCUGGUUAGAUGGGAGGGUGCUACUGACUGCAACAGCCAAAAUAGGGUAUCUCCAUGGGAUAUUGAGAUAGUAGGUGGUUCAGUCUCUGUUGCUCAAUCUGUGUCCGCAUCCAGUUCUAAAAGAACCAAGUUAUGCCCUCAGGGCAAUUUGGACACACCAUCUCUGUAUGGAAAUGGUCGUCCAGACUCGGUGGAAACUGAAAAGUUCCCCAGGGUCUUGCAAGGUCAAGAAUUGAUGGGUUCUAGGACCCAUCGUGUUACUUGUUCUCCUCAGCCAAUUGACAUUACAAAAAGUAAGUCUUUUGAUGCUUGGAGAUUCCUUACUGACACUCGAAGCUGCAUGUUGGGCAGUUCAACAAGCAGACUUCCAGUGUCAUGCUCUGGUUUUACCCAACAAUCUGUAGGCUUCAGUGAAUCUAUUGGAUUCCCAGAGGUCUUGCAAGGUCAAGAAAGUUCUCAGGGAGUUCCUCCCCUCCAAGGAAUGAUGCCUGAUGCAUAUUCAGCGAAAAGCAGACAUGAAUUAAAGAAUCAUAUGUACACCCCAGCUGCCAUGAGUGGUUUAUCAGCUGCAAAUCAAGGAUAUUGUCUCUCCCUAUUAUCUACUGGGCCACCUUCUCCACCUUCCAGUCUCGUGUUAUACCAAACAGGUGUUCCACAACUUGAAUUGGCAAGCAAGAACAAGGACAAAAGUGGAAAUGGGAGCCAGCCAGCCUUGCCACUGCAUAAGUUGCCUGGUGAAACUUGCUGGGAACAGCUUGAAAUUGGAAAUGCUUCAACACCUGGAAAUGCUGCUAAAUCAGGUCAUGGUGGAAGGGAGGUUGGCAGGACGAGUUGCCGUCUUUUUGGUUUUUCCUUGACUGAGAAGAUUGUUCCGACAGACAAAGGUGGUGAAAAGGAAGGGAAUUAUGAAGCUGAUUGCCAAAAUCCCCGGAUGCUAGACUUGUUUGGAUACAAUUGCACUACGUCCGGCGCUCUUCAUGCUCUUUGUGCUGCUCCUUUAGGAAUAUGAUGCUACUUAAUAACUGGAGGUAUACGUAGGUGCAGCCACUCCGCGCCUCAUCCCAUAUCUCAACGGCAUUUGUGUGAUGCUUUGCAUAUUGGCAUUGCUGGCUCACGCCUGGAAACAGACAUGCCGUUAAGAGAAUAAAGUGAGCCGAUUGUAUGUUUGUUUGCAGCUGUAGCUCUCGAGUCGGAAGGGCUAUGAUGUUUAUGUACCAUUACACCCUAUUUAUGUGGGCCUAGUUAUGAACCUAUUUCAGAAGUGCUAUGUACGGUUUGCUUCCGAUCUCUGUCAUGAACAUUUGUUUCUGUAUUGGUACAAAUUCCCAAUGGUAUGUUUAUUAUGGACCUCUUGUGUGCUUUUACAUCAGAUGUG